CCCAGACAGCUGAUUGAUAGUGUGGCAGAGAUAUGAUGUCCGGAUGUAUAACUUCAUAGCUCUGGCUUCUUAUCACCGCCAGGUUUCUGAUGAUCACCUCCCCCAAGCAUGCCAGAAAUCCAACUCAGGCCCGGAAUCUGCAUGGGAGCAGCAGGAGGAUAUUCCUUGCUGCCGAUCUUGGUUUUGGGAGUACAAGUACACCAUUCAGCCUGUGGCACUCCGUCGAAGACUUGUUGAACGUGGUUACCACACCCACGCCAGGACUUCUUCGCUAUAUAGGCGUCAAUUCAUAUCUCACAAACUCAAUCGACGUGGAGGAAUGACAGAACUCACAGCAUGUUGGGCAAGUCGCACCAAAGCACAUCGAGUCAGGUUGUUCUCGUUCAGAUGUGAUGGUGAGUGGCUAAUUAUUGGGCCACCUGUGAGCAGGUGAAGUCAGGUAUUGUUGGUGUGAAUGCUCGACGAAUGAGUUCUUUUAGGCCUUUACGGUGCAGAGUUUUCCUCUGAAGGUUUCCAUAGAUUUAUAUAUCGAUGUCAUCGGACCCAUUACGUAGGUUGGAAGCCGAAUUAUAAAAGAUGAAGCCAUGGUCGCUGAAUUAAUUAAUCGCCG